UGGAGACAGACUACAUCGUAAUGCCACGGGCUUCUGCGGCGGCAGCAGGAUCUGGGAACUGUAACACACUUCCACUCUCCUGAAGGACGAUAGCUCCACCAAGAUGAACAUGGGCCUGGGCAUGGGAGAUACGCUGCCCACGAUAGGAUGAUGCAACACUACAAGAGGCACCGGACUUCAACAUGAGCCCGACGGGGAUGGGCGGAUCGGGGUCAUGGAGCACAUGAACAUGGGGGUGAACAUGGAUCAGAACCUGCACCAGCAGUACGGGUCAGGAGGAGGACAGGAACACAUGCAGCAGAACCUGCCCUUUGAACCCGAACCGCUGUCAAGAAUUUCUGGCUGAGAUGGAAAGAGACUGGAGGGCUGUCGAGGAGCGAGACGGGAUCCACCAUAUCCAUGAGCUCCUUAGAGAGAAGAAAAUCGCGCUACCAAGAUAUGGACUUUGAAAAAGUCAUGCACACCAGGAAAAGACACAUGGAGCUGUUCCAAGAACUGAAUCAGAAAUUUCAAACCCUGGAUCGAUUUCAAGACAUACCAAAUAUGGGCAGCAUGGACAAGGCCAUGGCCAACAAGAACCCCUGGGAGAGCUACAACCCAGCCUGUGAGUACCAGAACUACACCAGUAUGAAUGCACUAGACCCUGACCCAAGGACUCUCUGAGAUGACCGCAGCAGAAGUGGGAGAAGUGUGUCAAUCUCCCCUUAGACGUCCAGGAAGGAGACUUCCAGACAGAGGUCUGAUCUGAUCUAAACAAACCAGGAAAUGAGUCCAAAAUGGCACCCUAUUCCCAAUGAAGUGCACUACUUAUGACCAGGUCCUAUAGGCCUCUUUUUUCACCAGUACCCAUAGGCUCUUGAACAGGACUCAUAGGGCUCUGGUCAAAAGUAGUGCACUAUAUAGGGAAUAGGGUGACAUUUGGAUGCACUCCAGGAAGGAGACUUCCAGGAAGUAAAAACCAGGAAGAGGAUAACCAGGAGAAAAAUGAUAUCCAGGACAUGGAGGAAAGGGGAAAGGAUGUAUUUUGCACUGAAAAAAUGGACAGACUGUCCUAACAGCCUUGGCCUAGUACAUAUCUGGAUUCUAAAGGAGUAUGACAAGGACAUGAUGUGCCAAUACCAUUUAAGAGGAAAACGCAGAGGACAGGAGGAAAAAAUACAACAAAAAAUUCAACAAAAUCAUCAGUGUUACUUUUUGUAUUCUCACUAGUGUACUUAGUGCAGCGGGCAGCCAGGUGUGUACAAUAUUUACCAUCAUGUGUUUCAGAGUACCCAUGGUAAGAAGAAUUGGUUUCAAAAAGGUGAAAAUCUUUCUAGAUGAAUAAACCUCAAAAGCUAAAUGAAGACAUAAUACCAUGUCGAUCCCAGCUUCGUUGGAUCCAGUUUUAUAUUUCACAAAACUGGACCCUGGAAGCACAAUGUAUAUAUUUAUGCAGGUUUUUAAAAAGUUUAUAACAAGUCUGUUUGGCCAUUACUAUACUUUUUACUUUAUAAUAUAAAAAAUAUAUAUGAGCGAGAGUGGCAGGCAAAGAGGAUUUUUCUGUCAUAUAAAAAUGAAUGUUUGUCAAAGCUACAUUCUUCAUUGCUUUAAAUGCAAUAAAGGUAAUACUCACUUUUAUACGAAUAAUAUAUUUCACAAACUUUAAUACUGCAGAAUCUUGCUUGAAGACUCUCGGCUAAAACUCUCUCAUCUGCAGACCUGUAUAAAAUAUUUAAAAAUGAAAAAUGUUGUAUGGUGUAAAUAAACUUUUGUCUACAUAUGUUUUACUUGUGCCAAUUUAUUUUAAUGAGAAAAAAAAUGCCAACUUGAUCAAGCGUUAUAGCGUUAUAAAAAUGUUAACAUUUGAACAAGGAAUGUAAAUAAAAGAGGAAAUAUGUUCGUACUG